AUGCCUCGGGGACUGAAGAGUAAACUUCGUGCCCGUGAGAAACGCCGCCAGGCCCAAGAAGAGUCCACAGAUUCAGUGGGUGCUCAGGAGGAAGAAGAGUCCCCUUCUUCCCCAUCUUCUGGUUUCAGGGAUGUUCCCCAGGAUUCAUCUGCCAAAGUAACACCCAGAAAUCCUAGAGUGCCUGGGGGAGUCUGCUCCACCACCACUACUGAUGCAGCUGUUUCAAAUGCAAGAUUUAAUAAAGAUGCCAGCAAUCAAGAGGAGGAAAGGGAAAAUUCCUCACAGGCCCAGGAUAACACUGAGCAGUGGUACAGAGGUGCUAUAGAUGAAAAGGUGGUUAUGUUGGUUCAUUACCUGCUGUACAAGUAUCAAAUGAAAGAGCCCAUUACCAAAGCAGAUAUGAUGAGAAAUGUAAUCCAAGUGUACAGAAGUCAUUUCCAUGAGAUCCUCAGGAAAGCUUCUGACCACUUGGAGCUGAUCUUUGGCCUUGAUGUGAAGGAAAUCGAUCCCAACAGGAAUACCUAUGUCCUCAUCAACAAACUGGAACUAAACUGUGAUGAGAGAGAUAACAGAGGUAUGCCCAUGACUGGUCCGCUGAUGACUAUCCUGGGCGUGAUCUUCACAAAGGGCAACUGCGCCACUGAAGAGGAAGUCUGGGAAGUGCUGAAUAUGAUGGAGUUAUUUGCUGGGAAGAAGAGUUUAAUCUAUGGAGACCCCAAGAAGCUAAUUACAGAAGAUUUUGUGCAGCAACAGUACCUGGAAUACCGACAGGUGCCGGGUAGUGAUCCUCCGUGCUUCGAGUUCCUGUGGGGCCCCAGAGCCCAUGUUGAGACCAGCAAGAUGAGAGUCCUGGAAUUUUUGGCCAAGAUCUAUAAUACAGUCCCCAGUGCCUUCCCAUCCUGGUAUAAAGAGGCUUUGCAAGAUCAGGAAGAAAGUGCCCGGGCAAGAGCAGCGGCCAAGUCUUGCACUAUUGCCAUGGCCAGGGCACGCUCCAAGGCCUUGGCCAGCAGGUUCUCCCACACUAAGUGA